GUCCCUGGAACCUUCAAGGGACUUACUGCUUUACAUUAUCAAAAACAAGGCAUUUCUAUAUUACUAUGGAAAGAUUUCGUCCGGAGAAGAAGUUACCUGGUCCCGAUGAAGAAGCUGUUGUGGAUCUGGGCAAAACUAGCUCAACUGUGAACACCAAGUUUGAAAAAGAAGAACUAGAAAGUCAUAGAGCUGUGUAUGUUGGUGUUCACGUCCCGUUUAGUAAAGAGAGUCGUCGACGUCAUCGGCAUCGUGGACACAAGCAUCACCACCGAAAAAGAAAAGAUAAAGAGUCAGAUAAAGAAGAUGGACGGGAGUCUCCUUCUUAUGACACUCCAUCCCAGAGAGUUCAUUUUAUUCUUGGUACUGAAGAUGAUGAUGAAGAACACAUUCCCCAUGAUCUCUUCACGGAAAUGGAUGAACUGUGUUACAGAGAUGGGGAAGACUAUGAGUGGAAAGAAACUGCCAGAUGGCUGAAAUUUGAAGAGGAUGUUGAAGAUGGCGGUGACCGAUGGAGUAAACCCUAUGUGGCAACUCUCUCUUUGCACAGUCUUUUUGAACUAAGGAGUUGCAUCCUAAAUGGAACAGUCAUGCUGGAUAUGAGAGCAAGCACUCUAGAUGAAAUAGCAGAUAUGGUAUUAGACAAUAUGAUAGCCUCCGGCCAAUUGGAUGAGUCUAUACGAGAGAAUGUCAGAGAAGCUCUUCUGAAGAGACAUCAUCAUCAGAAUGAGAAAAGAUUCACCAGUCGGAUUCCCCUUGUUCGAUCUUUUGCAGAUAUAGGCAAGAAACAUUCUGACCCUCACUUGCUUGAAAGGAAUGGGGAAGGCCUUUCAGCCUCCCGUCACUCUUUGCGAACAGGUCUGUCUGCCUCAAACCUUUCAUUGAGAGGAGAAUCGCCUUUAUCGCUUCUUCUCAGUCAUCUUCUUCCUUCUUCAAGAGCUGGAACCCCUGCUGGCUCGAGGUGUACAACCCCAGUACCCACCCCUCAAAACAGUCCUCCUUCCAGCCCUAGCAUCAGUCGCCUGACCUCCAGAAGUUCCCAGCAGAAUCAGCUUCAGGCCCCAGAACUACUGGUUUCACCUGCCAGUGAUGAUAUUCCCACAGUAGUAAUUCAUCCGCCUGAGGAAGACUUAGAAGCAAUGAAAGGCCAGGAGCAGAAGAAUGAGGAAAAUGUUGACUUAACUCCAGGUAUUUUGGCCUCUCCACAGUCUGCUCCUGGAAACUUGGACAAUAGUAAAGGUGGAGAAAUUAAAGGUAAUGGAAGUGGAGGAAGCAGAGAAAAUAGUACUGUUGACUUCAGCAAGGUUGACAUGAAUUUCAUGAGAAAAAUUCCCACGGGAGCCGAGGCAUCCAACGUUCUUGUGGGGGAAGUGGACUUUCUGGAAAGGCCAAUAAUUGCGUUUGUGAGACUGGCUCCCGCCGUCCUCCUCACGGGGUUGACUGAGGUCCCUGUUCCUACCAGGUUUUUGUUUCUGUUAUUGGGUCCAGCAGGCAAGGCACCACAGUAUCAUGAAAUUGGAAGAUCAAUAGCCACUCUUAUGACUGAUGAGGUUUUCCAUGAUGUAGCUUAUAAAGCAAAAGACAGAAAUGACCUCUUAUCUGGAAUCGAUGAAUUUUUAGAUCAAGUUACUGUCCUACCUCCAGGAGAGUGGGAUCCUUCUAUUCGCAUAGAGCCACCAAAAAGUGUUCCUUCUCAGGAAAAGAGAAAGAUUCCUGUGUUUCACAAUGGAUCUGCUCCCACAUCGGGUGAGACUUGCAAAGAGGCUGCUCAUCAUGCAGGGCCUGAGCUGCAGAGGACUGGACGGCUUUUUGGUGGUUUGAUACUUGACAUCAAAAGGAAAGCACCUUUUUUCUUGAGUGACUUCAAGGAUGCAUUAAGCCUGCAGUGCCUGGCCUCGAUUCUUUUCCUAUACUGUGCCUGUAUGUCUCCUGUAAUCACUUUUGGAGGGCUGCUUGGAGAAGCUACAGAAGGCAGAAUAAGUGCAAUAGAGUCUCUUUUUGGAGCAUCAUUAACUGGGAUUGCCUAUUCAUUGUUUGCUGGGCAACCACUAACAAUAUUGGGGAGCACAGGUCCAGUUCUAGUGUUUGAGAAAAUUUUAUUUAAAUUCUGCAGAGAUUAUCAACUUUCCUAUCUGUCUUUAAGGACCAGUAUUGGUCUGUGGACUUCUUUCUUGUGCAUUGUUUUGGUUGCAACAGAUGCAAGCAGCCUUGUGUGUUAUAUCACUCGAUUUACAGAGGAGGCUUUUGCAGCUCUCAUCUGUAUCAUCUUCAUCUACGAGGCUUUGGAGAAACUCUUCCAUUUAGGAGAGAUAUAUUCAUUUAAUAUGCACAAUAACUUAGAUGAACUGACCAGCUACUCAUGUGUGUGUAGUGAACCUCCUAAUCCUAGCAAUGAAACUCUAGAGCUAUGGAAGAAAGAUAAUGUAACAGCACACAGUAUUUCCUGGGGAAAUCUCACUGUUUCUGAAUGUAAAACAUUUCAUGGUGUAUUUGUAGGAUCAGCUUGUGGUCUUCAUGGACCUUAUAUUCCAGAUGUGCUCUUUUGGAGUGUCAUCUUAUUUUUCACAACAUUUUUUCUGUCUUCAUUCCUCAAGCAAUUUAAGACCAAGCGUUAUUUUCCUACCAAGGUGCGGUCGACAAUCAGUGACUUUGCUGUAUUUCUCACAAUAGUAAUAAUGGUUACAAUUGACUACCUUGUAGGAGUCCCAUCUCCCAAACUUCAUGUUCCUGAAAAAUUCGAGCCUACUCAUCCAAGUAGGGGCUGGAUUAUAAGCCCAUUGGGAGAUAAUCCUUGGUGGACCUUAUUAAUAGCUGCUAUUCCUGCUCUGCUUUGUACCAUUCUCAUCUUUAUGGAUCAACAGAUUACAGCUGUAAUCAUAAACAGAAAGGAGCACAAAUUGAAGAAAGGAGCUGGCUAUCACCUUGAUUUGCUCAUGGUUGGUGUCAUGUUGGGAGUUUGCUCUGUCAUGGGACUUCCAUGGUUUGUGGCUGCAACAGUGUUGUCAAUAAGUCAUGUCAACAGCUUAAAAGUUGAAUCUGAAUGUUCUGCUCCAGGGGAACAGCCCAAGUUUUUGGGAAUUCGUGAACAGCGGGUUACAGGGCUAAUGAUUUUUGUUCUAAUGGGCCUCUCUGUGUUCAUGACUUCAGUACUAAAGUUUAUUCCAAUGCCUGUUCUGUAUGGUGUCUUUCUUUAUAUGGGAGUUUCCUCGUUAAAAGGAAUCCAGUUCUUUGACCGUAUAAAAUUAUUUGGAAUGCCUGCUAAGCAUCAGCCUGACCUCAUAUACCUGCGUUAUGUGCCUCUCUGGAAAGUUCAUAUUUUCACAGUCAUUCAGCUCACUUGUCUGGUUCUUCUGUGGGUGAUCAAAGCUUCAGCUGCUGCAGUGGUUUUCCCCAUGAUGGUUCUUGCAUUAGUUUUUAUACGCAAGCUCAUGGACCUGUGUUUCACGAAGAGAGAGCUGAGUUGGCUUGAUGAUCUCAUGCCAGAAAGUAAGAAAAAAAAAGAAGACGACAAAAAGAAAGAGAAAGAGGAAGCUGAACGAAUGCUUCAGGAUGACGAUGACACUGUGCACCUUCCUUAUGAAGGGGGAAGUCUCUUGCAAAUUCCAGUUAAGGCCCUAAAGUAUAGCCCUGAAAAACCUGUGAGUGUGAAGAUAAACAUUGAAGAUGAACCAAGAAAGAAAUAUGUGGAUGCCGAAACUUCAGUGUAGAAUUGAACCCAGAGAAAUUAUAUAUAGAUAUAUACAUAUAUGUGUGUAUCAUAUUGCUAUAUAUAAAAAAUAUUGUAUGUCAUGCUAUUCGUGCAUGACUACUGGUUUUUUUAAAAGUAGUGUCUGAAGUUUGUUAUGAGCACCGUGGAGACUGUGUAUAUAAUGAAAUGGUCUCUUAGAAGUAAGGUACAUGGUUCUCACUAGUCAAAUAUUUAUUCUGUUGGAAGAACUUUUUUCUGUUUUGCGAUAGAAAGUUGUGGAGAAAUGCUUUCGGUCUAUUUCUUUUUGACUCUUUGUUCAUCAGUGGCAAGUCGUAUCAACCUUAAGCGACACAUGCUUUGUUAAUAUGUUUGUAAUUUUUACAUGUUUCUAAAAGUUUUCACAUAUUAUUUCGCUUUUGUUCGUGCUUUAUGGGCAGGACAGGGAGUUUUUAUGCCAGCGCUAUGGGGAAAAUGGUAACAUGUAUGUGUUUAAUUUCUGUAGAUGUCCAUCAUGUUUCACAAACUGUGGCCUUUUCUUGGCCAUAGAGAUGAAUGUGGAACAAUGGAAACGUUCUAGAUGAGAACCGUAGUUUUUAACUUUUAUGUUUAAAAUAAUUUUUUAAAUCUUAAAACUUCCACAUCUGGAUUUCCAUUGUGACAGACAAGUAAAAUUGCAGGUGAUUUGAAAAUUAAGCACCCAUAUCAGUUACAACUUAAUGAAUUUUAAAAGCUAUGAAAUGCCAAUUUGCAACAGUUACAUUUUGUUGCCUUUGUAGACAUUUUUUCCUGAAUCCUUAUAUUCUUGUAGAGCCCAUAAUUCCCACUCUGUUCUUUGCCUUUGCUCUGUUUUAAAUGAUUGUUAUAUCAUGUUCUCAAGUUCUUGAUUAUUUUUCUAUUAUGAGUAGUAUGAUUAAAUAUAAUCAGGAGUCAGAAUUCUCUCAGAUGGGUUUAUGAUCAGUAUUACUUUAUUCUAUUAAGAAUUACUUUUUAUUUUCUGUUUAUGUUACUCUUUCUAUUAUGUAGACUAUGAUAGAUUCUUAUCUGAUUUUAUUUUGAAAUAUUUUAUUUAUUUUAAUUGGUGUGAUGCUUAAAUAUUUUAUAAACAUUUGGAAAAAUAACAAAUAUAGAGUAAAUUGUUAGUGUAAAUAGUUGGUGCUCACUUGCAUUUAUGUUUAUUAUUUGAAAGCAAUUGACAGAUUUUACAUCUUUGAUAUUAAAGCACUGCCAUAUUUAUAUUUUAAAACGAAAUCAGACAUUUUAUGUGUGACUCUGAUGGCAUUCUUCCUAUUUUGUGUUAGUGUCUAAGCUUUUUAGCUUCUAGCAAAUCUUUUUAGUCAUUUUUAUAUAUUCUUAGUUCCACAUGAAAUAAAUAAAUAUUGUUCUUGUUUAGCCUGUAGGACUGGAUGAAUGGGGUUGUGAAACUGAUUUGACAAGAGAAUAAUUUGCAAAACUCGAGUAUUGAGAAGCCGCAGAAAUAUAAAAAAUGGUGACAAAUAUUAGGAUGAAAAUUUUAAUGAAAUUCCAGGGCUCCCUUUAAUCAUUUAUAAUUAAAGUACAGAAGUGUGAAGAAUUGGUCAUGAGGAAUGCCAAAAGCUGAUAUUUUAGCUAUUCUGGCGUUUUUACUUCAUCCUAAAUUUCUUCUUAACUAAUGCAGUUUCCUCAUCCGAGACCUUGUUGAGAGGUUCUAGUUAAAAUGAUGGAUUCAACUUGUGCCUCAGAUGUGAGGCUGGAAAUGUAGCUGCUUUUCUUUAGAACAUAUAGCUGAUAUCAUUCGGUUCUACCUGAAAAGAGGUGGACUCUGAGGGCAAUUCGUAAGUAUUACCCCACGGUGCUUAUUAUCUAUGAGCUUCCAUUGAAGUGAUUCCUUUUUCUACAUAGCAGCAUAAUCAUUUCCAAAGACCCCAGUAUUUGCUGCUAUUUUUAAAAUUCCCCUGAUGUACCUGAACAAGAGGAUUUCCUCACAUCAUUUCCUUGUGUCUGGGCAUCAAAGGGUUAACAACUGUACUUCUUUUACAGGAAGUGAUUUUAAACUGAAAACUACCUGGGAUCAUAGUGUUUCUGUGAUUUUAUUUAAUGAUGUACAGUAAUUAUGCAGUGCCAGAAAAACCACGAUUUGCAAAAUACUUUGCACUCAGAAUGUUUUUACUAUGCUUCUAGUUGUGAACAGUUUCUGCUUUCUUUUGACUACUUGACUUACAAAAUGAUCUGAUAUGACUACUCCAUUGAAGAGAAAGGUAACUCAUAUUUAAGUAAUGAACUGCUUGUUGUAAGUAGUUACGCUAUUUCCUCCACUAUUUUUGCAAAAUAACGAUCAUGGAUAGCAUUCAUUGCAAGACAGUAAAAGGUAUAAUUUACUACGUAUAUUGAUUUUUAAAUGUUGCCUUAAAUAGUUGUAUAUAAGCCGUAGUCAUUGCUGUGUACUGAUUUACCUCAAGGUGCAAAAUAAUUAAACGUGUACAUACUCCAUUUACAAAAUAAAUUCAGAUCAACAGCCCUGCACUUUCUUAGCUGCCUUGAUUUUCAGAAUGGAGCUUAGUGCUACUGAAUACCUGGCCACAGAGCCGCCUCAGGAUCUUCUGUCUCCACCCUGUUUUAUUUAUUUAUAGAUGUCUGUUUACAAAGACCCUAGUGAACCCUGAUGCUGAUCAUCUGAAAUUUACUUUUUUCUGAAUGCUGUUUCAGCCUCAAACAGCAGCUUUUGAGAAAACAAUGGACUAACUUCCGUAUGAUAAAAGGCUGAUUCUGUAUGCUCUUGAAUGUUGGACAUUCUGAAGUAUAGCACAUGCCCUUUCUAAAGCGUGUGUGUCUGCGUGUGUGUGUGAGAAUGUUUCCAGUCUUAGACAUAUAAAAUUGUUCUUAAAAGCUGUGGCAUACCAAUGUUCAUAUUUGCCAAGUCUUCUGUAAAAGAUGUGUAGAACAAAAUUUUAUAUGUGCAAAUGCAUGUAUUUGUAAAGCAGAUUUGUUUACCACUCAAAAUUAUGAACUUCUUCAUCCAAAAAAAUUGUUUCUUCCACAUACCUACAUUUUCUGUGGGAAUAUAAUAGCUUUCUAACUUUUUCCUUUCACAAAGGCAGGUUCAAAAUUCUGUAAAAAGAAAUGUGCUCCUGAAACUGAGGUAUAACACCUGAGCUUGCUGUUUGAAGGAUUAUAUCAUGGACAUCAUCAGCUCUGUAAAUGUGCUCUGCAGAUUAACAUGGAAAUCCUCUUUUUAAAGUGCUCAGAUUUCGGACGUCUAAGCCAUUGAUAUAACAUUGUAAUUUAAAAAAUGUUUAUAUUAAAUAACUUAAUGUUUUAAGCUUAUUUAUGUAGAUCCCAUCCUUGUUAUCGUAUGCAGUGCAAAUAUGUGAAAUGUCUUCUGGUUUAUUCCAACAUUAUUUAUUGUUUAGAAAGUACAUUUAAAGACUUUAAGGCCAUUCAGAGUUUAAAAUAGAGUUGCAAAAUUUGGCAAUUUUAAUGCAAAGUUGUCUCUUUUCUAACUUUUAAAAAGUAAAAUUUGUGUCAAUUAUAGGAAAACAUAGUUGGAAAUGUAAAUUAAGAACAUUUUGAAAAUUUAAUUAGCACAUAUUGACUUCAACAUUUCAUUUAGCAUAAUUGUUCAACCCCAGUUUUUUUUUUUUUUUAAAAUCAGAUUUUUGCACAUUGAUUAGUUUUUGUGUUGUGGCUUUUCUUUUGUUGCUUUAGAUUAUUAAGGUGUUUUUGUUUUUGCAGGGGGAGGUUUUCUUCCAGUGUUUACUAUGUUUAAAUAAGCAGAAAUUGAAUUUUAUUGUUCAUUUGUGUAAAGUUUGAUACCUUGGUGUAAUUUCACAAUACAGUCCAAUUUUUAUGACUUUUAUAAUCACAGUGUUUUCUUUUAUAAUAAAAUCCAAAGUAACAUUUAAAUUAUAGAGCUGAUAUUUUUCAUUUAUAUGAAGUACAAGUCUCUACCAAGUUGUGAAUCAUCCUGCCUUUCAAAUUUGUUCCAUAAUUGUUAAAUGAAAACUAUUUUUUGGAGAUGUUACUGAAGGUGAUUGAGCAAUAAAAGUCUACUUAAUUAGU